AUGGAGAAGCGAAAAGAAAACUUUACGAAAGAGCUUGAUUUUGUUUGUGCUUAUGUGGUAUGUUAUACAUUUUUGUUGUUGUAUUAUUUGAGUAUAAUACCAACUGCUUCUACCACCACAGAUUCUGCAGAAAAUAAGCCGACUACACCUGAGAAAGUUGUUGUUGUUGCUACUAAUGGUGAACUGCAACAUCUUUUUAACAUUAUACAAAUUCAUUUUAUCUUGCUAAAUUCUAUUCGGACAAAAAAUCUUACUGUGUUAUCUCUUUUCAUCGAUCGCGUGAAUUCGUUGAGCUGGCUGUUGAAACCUGUCACGGAGAGCACCUUGCAGCUGUUUGUGAAGACAAUUUUGAAGAAGCUAAACUAUCAGCAGAGGCAAAGGAUCUUAUUAGUAUACUUCUAUGUAAUAUGGAACAGAGGCUUAGAACCAGAGGGGCUGAUGCCAUUCGCAAUGUGA